AUGGCUUCCGAAUUAUCAGCACAAAAUACAGACAAAACAAUUUCUGAAUCACUAUAUUUAGGUAGUAAUUAUGUACCUGUAUUAGAUUUUAUACGUAAUCCAUGUCAACAAUAUCAUAAUCAAAACGAUUUUAAUACAGACCAAUACAAUGAUAAAAGUCAAAAUUGUCAUGAAGAAUACUGUGAGGAUUACAAAGAUAGAGAUACUGGUCCUAUAUUAUACAGUGUGAAUGCAACAUGUACUUUAUCUUGUUCAAAUAAUGAUGACUACGACAAUUUAAAUGUCACAGAAUGGGGAGCUUCUAGUUCUGAUACAGCCAAAGAAUCAACAUUAUCAGAUCCACUCAGUAGUGAUAAGCAAUCUUCACCAGAGUCGAAUAUAAGCCCUAUUUCGACAUCAUCUGGUUCAUCUGGUAUACAAACAAGUAGCGGAACUUCGAGUGAACUAUCAUCAGGUAGCACAGGGAAUACAUCUCUUCAAGAUAUUAUACCAACAUGUAUUUAUAUGCUAUCACGAGUAGCAAUUUAUUUAGAAAUUGAUAAUACAGCAAAUGCCACAGUCGCUGAUAUGAUAACAGCGAUUUUAAAUUCAGAAGAUAUAUCCUUAAAUAAACCAAUAGCUGAAAAUCUAUUUACAUUAUGGAUGUGUAGUUCAUUUUUAGAAUUACAAUUGAAACCUUCACAUAAACCAGUACAAAUUAGAAAAGCUUGGCGUUAUUUACUUGGUCAAUACAGUCAGUGCUCUACAAUUCAACAGGAACGAGAUGAACCGAAAGUUAUAUUCAAGAAGAACAUUUUUUGUCCAAAACAAUACGAAGAGAGAAUUAAGGAUCCAAAAAUAUUAGAAUUAUUAUAUGCAGAAGCAAAAUACAACAUAUUGGAAGGCCGUUACCCUUGUGAAACUCACCACUGUAUUACUUUGGGUGGAAUACAAGCAAGAAUUGAACUCGGUCCAUACAAUCCACAAAUUCAUACAAUAAAUUUUUUCCGAGAACAACAAUGGAAAUUUUUACCAGCACACAUUAGAAAAAGUUCUAAUUGGAUAUGGUUACCAAUUAGUUCAAAAAAUUCAGCAGAAGUACGAUUAUUAGAACAAUACAAACGAAUUCCACAAUCGGCAUCAAAUAAAAAACUUAUAAGAAAAUAUUUAGAAUUUUGUUGGUCGUUACCAUUUUAUGGAGCAGCAUUUUUUCAAGGACAAAUUGAACAACCUGUACGUAGUUUAACGAGUUUCAUGAUACAUCAAGAUAUACCAAUCUUAGUGGCAAUCAAUUCAGAAAGUGUCUAUGUUAUAGACAACGUACAAGGUACGGUAUUAUUAGGACUCAAAUAUGAAGAGUUGAGUUGGGAAUAUGCAAGACCAUCGCGUGAAGAUAAUAAAGAUUGUUUACCAUGUUUAUUUUUACAAUUCAUGGUAUUAGAAAAUGGUACACAAGUAUCAAAAAUAUUGCAAAUAUUUUCACGACAAGCACAAAUGAUGGAUACAUUAAUAUCAUCGCAUGUUGAUCGAUUAAAAAAGAAAAUACGCCACCAUUCAAGUGAUCAAGUUGACGCCUCAAUAAAUACAAUCAACUCAGAUAAUAAUACAUUACGUUCAACAACAAUGUCAAUAUACAAUAAUCCAGGAAGACAUGAUACAAAACCACCUUGUCUAAGUAAUAAAUUAAAUAAAUUAGUAUUAUGUACAUUCGAUGAAGAUGGCAGAUGUAUUGGAAAAAUGGGAUCAUGGUCAUUUAGCUAUUAA